CAUUCAUCCAAAUUCAUGAAACAUUUUUUGUAAGAACCAAAACAAAAUUUACGAAUUAUCACAGAUAUACACGGGCCCAAUCAUUAAAAAUGGCCCAGUCUGUGUAAGGUCAAGCCCAGAAGAAAGCUGAGAACGUAACAAACUCGAAGACGACAUUCAGUUUUCGUUUUCUUCAUUUUUCUUUUUAUUCUCCACAAUUUGUUAGAAGUUUGUUAGGGAGUUGUUAUUCUUUUCUGUAUAAAGCCAUGUACAGAUUGAUGAUUAUGGAUAUAUAGAGAAAAUUUCUUCAAACACUGAAAUGGUAUCAGAGCUUUUUCUCUGAUUUUUUCUUUUUGCACUUUCUUUCUGGGUUUUCUGGGUUUUCCCUGCAUCUUCCAUGGCAGACCCUGUUCCCGCUGUUCUUGCUCCGGCUGUUGCGGUUGCUCCUCCAGCUCCGUAUACACCCGAUUUUGACAGUCCUUAUUAUCUCUCGACUUCCGAUCAUGGUGGGGUGGUUAUCGUCACAAAACCCCUGACUGGCGUGGGAGAUUUUCCUUCUUGGCUUCGUGCUUUCCGAAUGGCUCUCGAGGGUCGGAACAAGAUUGGCUUCGUCGACGGUUCUCUACCCAUGCCCGCGGAGGACGAUCCAACUCAUCGUUUCUGGGUUCGAAACAACGCCAUUGUGGGUGGUUGGAUCAUGAACUCGGUUGCUGAGCAUAUUGCUCAAAGCUUGCUUUAUGUUGACACGGCUCGAGACAUGUGGUUGUUUCUGUCGAAGAGCUAUCAACAAAGCAGUGCCCCAAGGAAAUAUAGGGUCAAGCAGAAAUUGCGCGAUUUGCGUCAAGCCUCGAUGGAUGUCGCCUCCUACUUUACUGCCAUCUUUGCCGUUUGGAAGGAGUUUAAGUCCAUCCGAGCCAAUCACUCGUGCACUUGUGGCCGCUGCACAUGUCUUCUUUCAAAAAGAUGGAAUGAUGAAGAUGAAAGUGACUUCGUCAUUGAUUUCCUUUUUGGUCUCAAUGACGAAUAUGAGGGAGUCCGUAGUCAUAUUCUUGCCAUGGAUCCACCUCCUGAUCUUCAAACCGCCUACAACCUGGUUCUUCAGCAAGAGCAACAGCGCCUUAUUCGCCCUGUGAAGCCCUCUGACGCGGUUGUUUUUCAAACUUCUUCUCCUUCCUUGCCCGAAGCUAUAUCUGCUGUUUCUAGCUCUACUUUCAAAGGGAAGCAGCGACCGCUUUGCACUCAUUGUGGGUUGUAUGGCCACACAAUCCAGAAAUGUUAUCGGCUUCACGGCUUUCCACCUGGUUACCGAGCUCCGAAAUCUGGUAUAACAGCAUCUCCUCGUCCUUCAGCUCGAUCACAGACCAAGCCUUCCAACAACUUUGCAAAUGUUGCCACGGAUACUGGUUGUGUUGCUGAUGUGGAUAAGCUUUCUUUGAACCAGAUUCAUGAUCUUUGUUCUAAGAUCAAUAAUCGCCUCAAAUCAUCCAAUGCUACCAUCACCGAGAACGGCGCUCCUGCCUCUGAUCCAGACACUGGAACGUUCUCGGGGAUCGACGAUUGGGAGGGCUAAGCUCUUGCACAAUCUCUAUUUCCUCGAGUCCGAUUUCAAAC